GAUUCCGGCCACUACGCUUUCUUCUUGGUCGUCAGUCCAUCGAGAUGGUCGAGGACAGCAGGCUGGUCGGCAUCAACCGGGAGUGGGUCUCCAAGACGACCUCGACAGACUUUCCCUUCAACUCUGGCGCAUCGGGCGCAACGUCUUCGUCGCAGCAAUGGUCCUUGGAGGCGCUUCAGGCUCACCUCCAGACAAAAGUUACCCGGCUCUCAUCGGACCGCAUCGAGCUGGACCUCGUGGGCGUGGACGCGAGCGUGGCCAAUGCCAUCCGGCGAGUGCUUCUUGCCGAGGUGCCUACGGUGGCCAUCGAAAAUGUCUACGUGUGGAACAACACGAGCAUCGUCGUCGAUGAGGUCUUCGCCCACCGACUGGGGCUUGUGCCGCUCAAGAUUGACCCAAAGAGGAUGCACUUCAAGGGCGAUGAUUCGCCGACGGAUAGAAAUACUAUGGUCUUUGCGCUCAAUGUCAGCUGCGAGCGGACACCAGGGACAAAAGAGGGUGAUCCGAACCACAUCAAAGGAGACAAAGUCCUCUCCGGUGACCUCGAAUGGGACCCCAAGGGCGACCAAUCUGUCGACUGGAAAGACGACCCGCCCCGCCCGGUCCACCAGGACAUUCUCCUCGCAAAGCUCCGCCCCGGCCAAAAGGUCUUCAUGGAGCUACAUUGCGUAAAGGGCGUCGGCAAGGACCACACAAAGUUCUCGCCCGUGUCCACUGCAUCAUACCGGCUCCUGCCCCACAUUGACAUCCUCGACUCCGACAAGAUCGUCGACGGCGGUGAGGAAAACGUUGGCAAAUUCGUCAGGUGCUUCCCACAGGGCGUCAUUGGUGUUCGAAGGCAGAAAGAGACGGGACGGGAAGAGAUCUAUGUCAAAGACGCUCGCAAGGACACAGUCAGCCGCGAGGUGCUCCGGCAUCCAGAGUUUGAGGACUGCGUCAAGCUGGGCCGCGUUCGGGAUCACUUCAUGUUCGACAUUGAAUCGACAGGCAUCAUCCCGCCAGAAGAGCUGCUUCCGUCGGCCAUCGAGGUGCUCAUCGACAAAAUCAGGACCGUCAAGCAGGGCGUCGAGGAGCUCGAGAGGACCCACUCCUUUGCUGCUGCUCCUCGGUAGAACACCUCUCCCUUGCCUUCACAUCCUUGUAACAGUACAAUGAAUAGCCAUUCUUCAGCAACGUCUCAUAUGGAAAGAUGAUCUAGGAAAGCGACAAUUGCACAGUCGGCGACAGAGAGGGGACAAUGA